AUGAUACUUUAUGACAAUAAUCGACAAUCCCAUUUGCUCCAUCUCUUGAUCUUCAGUGAGGAAAUUGAAUCUUGUAGGUUCUAUGCGAUGGAACUUAAUGGUCAUAGGAGACCUAGACACAAGGAUCUUGCCACUCAUCAAAAUGGUGACAUUAGCACAUCAAGUGUUGUUAACGAGCUUGAUCCAUGGACUGCUUUGGCAUUCAAGCCUCAUAGACAGUUCUUUGGUUUUGGAGAAGUACACAACGAUUAUGAGAAGCUUCACAAUAUCACAGUGAUAUUGGGCUGCAAAGUGCAAAGUUUAGUUGUACAUACUAAUUCUGUAUAUUCAAAAAUUCUACCAGAUUGA